UAAACUAAACACUCGACGUGUUUGUGGCUGGCUGAUAGUGACAGGAUAAGACGACUUGCUGCUGCGUGUGAGAUGAAGUUACACCGCCCGCGGUUAGCUAGUUUAGACUAGCGGUUUAGUUGCCAUGGUGGCUCGAAGGAGCUACGCUAAGUAGCCUUGCUACUAGCGAGACAUCGUUAAUGAUACCAGUUACACACCCUAACCUAACAACUACACAUUCAGUCAGACAUAGUAGAGCUACCAGUCAUGUACUCAAAACUAAAGGACACGGUGACAAAGGAUCAAAUGCACUGAUUUACGUCUGUAAAACACCCUGCUAAUAACCUAGCUCCAUACUAUAAGGGUUGACUAGUCCGAGCUAAGCACCUACUAGGCUGCUGUACCAGUAGCUAGUACUACUAGCUAGUAGUAGUAGUAGCUGUGGUGGACGGAGGCUGAACCUUGCUAAGAGACGAGAUCGAGAACCAGGCAUUCCAUGCAGUCCAAUCAAUCUGUCUAAAGAUGUAUAUCAGAAGUCCCAUUUAAAAUGCACAAUUGACUUGACAAAAUCAGCUCAUUAUUUAUAUCGUACAUUUUGAAAUGCAAACACAUAAAAUAAAUGUAUAACCAAGUUAGGUAGCCUGCUAAUUAGCUAGCACUACUUACAAACCAACAGCCCCAAUCAACUUUUAAAUCCAGGAGCGCAACUGUCUACGUAAAUGCUCAGGAUUGUGGGGGUUGUAGUAGUGAAUAGUUAGACGGCGAAUACAAUUUCUUGUGACUGGAACACCAUUCCCCGACAUGCAUCAUUAUGUUGAUAUUCAGCAAUGGCGACUCCCCGUGUGAAUGUGGAGGAUUUCAGAAGACCGCUUCAUGAUUCACUGUCAAAGCUCGGAUUUGAAGUUCAUCCUUUCAAGAUCGGCUGGUACAAUGCGGUGUUGCCCUCCGCCCUCCGCGUGCCCCACUCAGACGAUACCCUGGCAGUGCUCGUGAUCAGUACGCCGUCCAUGUUCGAACUCGCCUUUCUGCCUUUCCUGGAGAGCAACGGCUGCCAGGGCCUUUCCGACCCCAUAGACCAGUGCGUCAAGCACAACGUUACUACCGCCGUGUCUCAGUGUUUCCCAGAGGAGCAGGUAGAGGUGAGUUUCGACUAUGAGAUGUUGCCCAGCAGGAAGCCCAGGUUCCUGGCCCAGACGGCAGCUCACGUAUGUGGAGCAGCUUACUACUACCAGCAGGCUGACGUUCCGGACCAGCCCUGGGGGGACAAGAAGGUGUACGGUGUGUGUGUGCACCCCCUGCUGGGCGGCUGGUUUGCUGUCCGGGCUCUGCUGCUGUUCCCGGGGGUGCAGGUGGAGCUCCUGCAGACCCCUCCUCCAGACUGUGUCCCCUCCAGAGACGCACGGAUUCAGCUGCUGGACGACUUCAACCUGCGCUGGCAGGAUUGGAGCUACCGCAACAUCGUGGCUCCUAUCCAGACCUACUCCCAGAAACAGAGGGAGUACUUCUCCUUGCCCCCCCCCCAGCGUGCUGCGCUUCUGCGGGGCUGGGGUUACACACCUGGGGGGGCAAACCUCCAGGACCCCCCUAGCCUCCAGGACCCACCUAGCCUCCAGGACAGAGACACAGGGUACGGCUAACUGAUCGAUUCUGGAUGGACGAUGUCCACCGAUGUUUCUACCUGUCUGUCUGUUUCUACCUGUCUGUCUGUCUACUUGUCUGUCUGUCUACCUGUCUGUCUGUCUGUCUACCAACUGUGUACUCUUAAGUUGCUACUAUGUGCCUAGGUGAGGAGGGUGUAGGGGCAGGUGUACCCUGGGAUAAACUGCCUCUAGGAAGCUUGUCUGGAUAUCUGCUGUGUCUGCAUGUCACUCUACUUAAAUUAUUUUAUGGUGAAAUGGACAGUUAUGCUGAUGUCAUGUUUAGUGUUGGAUCGAAGAACUGACAAGGUUUUACUUGUUGACAAUGAUGAAAGACAAUAUCAACAUGUGAAAAAAAUAAAUGCACAAUUUUUUUUUAUUAGAA